AUCUGAUGCAUGUAAACUCCAAGCUACUCGCUUGAGUUUAAAGCAUCUGCACGAGCUUAACUGUCAACUUCGUUGCACCCCCUCCCCCCCAAAGUUCAGAAACUCGAGAUGGGCAAUUUCCUCCCAGUUGGGUUUUCUUGGGCAGUACGUUUUUGGUGAAUUUGAAGGGCCUGUUGCGAAUAUUUCUUGCCAUAUAUGGCUUCCACAGGACAGGCGCCGUCUCUGAAGAGGCGGGAUCCGCCGGCCGGGAGAGAAGACGACCAGCUGAUCAUUACUCCCCUCGGUGCUGGCAAUGAAGUGGGUCGGUCCUGCGUCUACAUGUCUUUCAAAGGGAAGACUGUGUUGUUCGAUUGUGGAAUUCAUCCUGCUUACUCUGGCAUGGCUGCUCUUCCGUACUUUGAUGAGAUUGACCCUUCGACAAUUGACGUCCUCCUAAUUACUCACUUCCACUUGGAUCAUGCAGCUUCCUUACCAUACUUUUUUGAAAAGACUACAUUUAAAGGUCGUGUCUUCAUGACUCAUGCUACGAAGGCUAUAUACAAGCUGCUUUUGUCAGAUUAUGUAAAAGUGAGCAAGGUCUCAGUUGAAGAUAUGCUGUUUGAUGAACAAGAUAUAUUGCGUUCGAUGGAUAAGAUUGAGGUAAUUGAUUUCCACCAAACAAGUGAAGUGAAUGGUAUUCGAUUUUGGUGUUAUACAGCUGGCCAUGUUCUUGGUGCUGCAAUGUUCAUGGUCGAUAUUGCUGGUGUACGAGUCCUUUACACAGGUGAUUAUUCCCGUGAAGAAGAUAGGCAUCUCCGAGCUGCAGAGAUUCCUCAGUUCUCACCUGAUAUCUGCAUUAUUGAGUCCACUUAUGGAGUUCAGCUUCAUCAACCUCGUCAUAUUCGGGAGAAACGGUUCACUGAUGUCAUCCAUUCUACUGUUUCUCAAGGAGGUAGAGUCCUUAUCCCUGCAUAUGCUCUUGGUCGUGCUCAAGAACUUCUGUUGAUCCUUGACGAGUUCUGGUCCAACCACCCUGAGCUCCAUAGUGUUCCUAUAUAUUAUGCUUCCCCUCUUGCAAAGAAGUGUAUGGCUGUUUAUCAAACAUAUAUCAAUUCCAUGAAUGAGAGGAUCCGAAGCCAAUUUGCAUCAUCAAAUCCUUUUGACUUCAAGCAUAUUUCGCCACUAAAGAGUAUUGAGAAUUUUACUGACGUCGGUCCAUCGGUCAUUAUGGCUAGUCCCGGCUCGCUUCAAAGUGGGUUAUCGCGUCAACUAUUUGACAUGUGGUGCUCUGAUAAGAAGAAUGCUUGUGUUCUUCCUGGAUAUGUCGUGGAAGGGACUCUGGCAAAGACACUCAUCAAUGAACCAAAGGAAGUCACUCUGAUGAAUGGUCUCACUGCUCCUCUUAACAUGCAAGUUCAUUAUAUUUCCUUCUCUGCCCAUGCUGAUUUUGCUCAGACGAGCGCGUUUUUGGAUGAGGUAAUGCCUCCAAACAUUGUUCUUGUUCAUGGAGAAGCACAUGAGAUGGGAAGGCUCAAACAGAAGCUUGUGACUCAGUUUGCUGAUCGCAACACCAAAAUCAUGAUGCCAAAGAAUUGUCAAUCAGUUGAAAUGUACUUCAAUUCAGAGAAAAUGGCAAAAACUAUUGGGAGGCUGGCUGAGAUGACCCCAGAAAUGGGUGAGACUGCAAGUGGCCUUCUGGUAAAGAAAGGCUUCACUUAUCAAAUAAUGGCACCUGAAGAUCUUCAUGUUUUCUCUCAGUUGUCCACAUCAACUAUUAAUCAGAGGAUCAUGAUUCCUUAUGCAGGUGCUUUUGGUGUAAUAAGCCACCGACUGAAGCAGAUAUAUGAAAGUGUGGAAUCUUCAGUAGACGAUGAAUCUGGCAUGCCCAUGUUACGUGUACAUGAUCGAGUAACAGUGAAGCAGGAAUCUGAUAAACAUAUUUCACUGCACUGGACAUCGGAUCCUAUAAGUGACAUGGUUUCAGAUUCUGUUGUUGCUCUUGUCUUGAACAUAAGCCGUGAGAUUCCGAAGGUUGUGGUUGAAACAGAGGCCAUGAAAACUGAAGAAGAAAGUGAGAAAAGGGUAGAGAAGAUCAUUCAUGCACUUCUAGUUUCUCUCUUUGGUGAUGUGAAGUUUGGUGAGAAUGGGAAGUUGGUGAUAAAUGUGGAUGGGAAUGUAGCGCAUCUGGACAAGCAGAGUGGGGAAGUGGAGAGUGAAAAUGAAGGCCUUAAGGAAAGGGUAAGGACUGCAUUUCGGCGAAUCCAGAGUGCUGUAAAACCAAUACCCCUGUCAGGUUCUUAGGUAUCUUUCAUGUUUCUUGUAGCUUUCUUGUUUCAGGUCAUUUUCUAACUGUAGAUUGAAGCAUCUAGCUCAUGGUAUGUAUAUCCUCAACUCACAAUCUAAGUUCAGCCCAAGUUUUAAGCAUCUAAAGUUGGAUCUCAGCUCUAAGAACAAGCAUCAACAGUUGUGUUGGAUUACUCAGUUUUUUGUGCUUUUACGUAUUUAGUUUUGGUGUCUGAAGGCCGGCAAGGCUCGAUUUUCACCUUGUGGAAAAAACUUGCCAUUUCCUUUCCUAAAUACAAUUUUCCUAGUUCAUGCGAGCAGCUUUGUGAAGACAUCUGUGCUACAUGAGAAGAUGCAUCCAUGUGGUAAUGCUGUGGCUUUGUGAUGUCUAGUUUUCAUGUACCAAGGAAUGGCCAAUUCGCGGACUGUUAUUGUAACUCCUGUGACGAGUUGAUGGGGAAUUGAUGAGUAGUUGAGUAAAAAGUUUGAGCUUGGUCAUGCUUAGUUAAGAUGUCAAGUGGGGCUAUAUGCUUCUUUUUACCUGA